GAUUGCAAGGUUUCUCGUGAGAGCUCACAAGUCAAUAAAGCUGACCACCAUUGCCAUUACGCCACCACUCCAACUUGAUCACUCUGGAACUUGUGAUUCCAAAUGCUUCCUAUAUUUCUUCAGUUCUAGAUCUUCUUCAACUUCCAUUUGCUAACUUCCUUCUUACUUUUCAAGAUUCUUGAUUCUACUAGGAAUUUUCAUUUUCCUUUUGGUGUUUGUGUAUUUCUAUGAUCUGUGCUUCUCUGACACUCUUGUCUUGAUCCCUUAAUCCUGCAAUAUACAAGAUCAUCAGUGUCCAGAAGUGUAAUCAACUGAUAUGGAUACUUACUGUGUGGCUUUGAAAUCAACUGCCCAUUUGGGGAGAGUGAGCAAAGGUGGCUUUGAAAAUGGUGAGAAAGAGUUUUUGGGGGAGCAGAUUAGAGGGAGUUUAAACAACAACAAUCUCAGGGUUAAUAAUUUGUCGAAAAGUUUGAAACUUGAGAAGAAGGAAAGCAAGAUCAAACCUGGGGUUGCUUUCUCUGUUAUCACUACUGAAAAUGGCAAAGAGACGCUGACUGUAGAGACGCCACGUUUUGACAGACGACGGGCAAAUCCCAAGAAUGUGGCUUCAGUGAUACUAGGAGGAGGUGCAGGGACCAAGUUAUUCCCGCUUACGAGUAGAGCUGCAACCCCUGCUGUACCGGUUGGAGGAUGCUACAGGCUAAUAGAUAUCCCAAUGAGCAACUGUAUCAACAGUGGUAUUAACAAGAUAUUUGUGUUGACCCAGUACAAUUCUGCUCCCUUGAAUCGUCACAUUGCUCGAACAUAUUUUGGCAAUGGUGUGAGCUUUGGAGAUGGAUUUGUUGAGGUAUUGGCUGCAACUCAGACACCUGGGGAAACUGGGAAAAAAUGGUUUCAAGGAACUGCAGAUGCUGUUAGACAAUUUAUAUGGGUUUUUGAGGAUGCCAAGAACAAAGAUAUUGAUAAUAUCCUUAUUUUAUCUGGGGAUCAUCUUUAUAGGAUGGAUUAUAUGGAUUUGGUGCAGAACCAUAUUGACCGGAAUUCUGAUAUUACACUUUCAUGUGCACCAGCUGGGGACAGCCGGGCAUCAGAUUUCGGGCUGGUCAAAAUUGACAGUAGAGGCAGAGUUGUCCAGUUUGCUGAAAAACCAAAAGGUUUUGAUCUAAAAACAAUGCAAGUAGAUACUACUCUCAUAGGAUUAUCUCCACAAGAAGCGAAGAGAUCCCCUUAUAUUGCUUCAAUGGGGGUUUAUGUAUUCAAGACAGAUGUAUUGUUGAAGCUGCUGAAAUGGAGAUAUCCUACAGCUAAUGAUUUUGGCUCUGAAAUUAUACCGGCAGCUAUAAACGAGCACAAUGUUCAAGCAUACAUAUUCAGAGACUACUGGGAGGACAUUGGAACAAUAAAAUCUUUUUAUGAUGCUAACUUGGCCCUCACUGCAGAGUUUCCAAAGUUUGAAUUUUACGAUCCAAAAACACCUUUUUACACAUCUCCUAGGUUCCUUCCACCAACCAAGAUCGACAAUUGCAAGAUUAAGGAUGCCAUAAUCUCUCAUGGGUGUUUCUUGCGCGAAUGUUCAGUGGAUCACUCCAUAGUGGGUGAAAGAUCGCGCUUAGAUUGUGGUGUUGAACUGAAGGUUUGCAUGUACCUUAACAUAUGCAUUUAUUUUCUCUCAUUCGUGCAAAAUGCACCCUUCUUUCUUGUACAGUAUGGAUCUCAAACACCGGUUUUACUCCCAUUUCAGGAUACUCUAAUGAUGGGAGCAGACUAUUACCAAACAGAAUCUGAGAUUGCAUCGCUGCUAGCAGAGGGGAAGGUACCAAUUGGAAUUGGAGAAAACACAAAAAUAAGGAAUUGUAUCAUUGACAAGAAUGCAAAGAUAGGAAAGGAUGUUGUGAUCAUGAAUAAAGAUGGUGUUCAAGAAGCAGAUAGACCGGAGGAAGGAUUCUACAUAAGGGGAGGAUUAACCAUUAUAGCAGAGAAAGCUACAAUUAAAGAUGGAACUGUCAUAUGAAUAUGAGAAGCAUUCUUGUUGGUCUACUAGAGACUCAUGGAAUCAAAAUCUGGACUUGAAGAAGACCCAUUUCCCAACACAACCGAGCAAAUUCAGCAGCUGACUCACUGAAGGAAGCUUACUGUGCUCAUGUAAAAAGAGGAUGUAUAAUCGAGGCACUCGUCUAUAAUAAAACUGAAGCUGCACCUCUAGAUGCCUAGUUCAUGUUGUAAGAGUCAAAUAUAUGUAAGAUCAAUGUAAUAGGUGUAGUAUUCUGAAGAAUAAUGGUUAUUACUCAACCUACACUUCUAGUACUGUAAAAAACUACGUUAAAAAGAAUAUCUUACCAUGUUUCUCUUAUUGUGUACCUACUCUCCAAGCAUUGGAACUCAAGGAUAUCUAUUUAGGACUAUUUGUACUUUA